CCUAUAUACACAGUUAUACACUGAUACGGUCCGCCAAAUCAUCAAGUGAAUCUCACUUGUGUCCAUUGUUUUCGUUUCGGUUUUUAAAUCAUAUUUUAUCAUAAUUUUAAUUGAGUACGUUUGAAAUUUACUCUGUAGUGAAAAGUGGCGUUCAAAGCUAAAAAAUCGAAUGUUGAAAUGGUAUUUGUGAAAGCAAGGUGAAUGAGUGAGAAUUAAAGUUGAAAAAAAAUUGCAAAUUUUCAUUCACAUCGAUUUUUAAAAAUGCCCGCAUUUUGAAGUCACAAAGUAUGUUUCAUUCAAUAAACCAAGUUAUCGAGUUGAUAUCUAUUUCUUAACGACCUAUUUAAGUUAAAUUUGCUGACAUAAAAGCGACAACAAACAAUACGCCAAAAAGGAGGAAACAAUAUUUACCAUUUCAAAUAAAAUCGAUUUAUUGGAAAAUGACGUGAUAAAAAAAAGAAGGACGGAAAACAAAUCAAUAAUUUAGAACGAUUCUUUAAUAAGAUGAAUAAACUGUUGUUCAAUUGUGCUCAUACAUCUAUGAUUCAAGGAAUGAAGGAUAUUGCAAGUUUCAUUCGUUACACAUCUUCCGAUCAUUUUUUUGAACAUUCGAUUUGAAUUCUCAAUGAGUUUUGCUUUUAAAUGUUGUCAUUGUUGUUUUAUUAUUAUUAUUGCGUGUAGUUAAAUUGUUUUGAGCAAUACGGUAAAUAUUUUAUUUGGAGAGACGGUCAAAGUGAUAAGUAACGAAAGAAGAUUUUAACAGUUAUGGAAUUGAGAACACAAAAUCCAAACUGACUGACCUAUCAAUUAACGUAAAAUUGACUAAAAAUCGCGAUUUCAAUGAAAAGAGAAUAUUAAAUAAUUAACAACUUAACCUUGAUAAGUUGAUAAGAGAAAAGCCGAAUAUCAUCCGAGAACUGAAUAUUUCAAUUUAAAUAAGUGCUCUAUAAAGAAUUCUUGAUUAUGAUUGAAACCUCACUGCAACUGGAGACAUCGAUACAAAAAACCAGCAUUUGAUCUCACUGCUAUUUAAUGUCAACAAAGAAGCUAAGAUCGUUAACGAUCGUUAUUAUAUUUGUCAAUUUUUUUUCAACUCGAAUAUUUAAUUUCGACGCGAAUUUAUAAAUUCGAACGUUCAUAGCAAAGUUAUUAUGGCACCCAUCAUCACGAUUUGUAACGCCAACAAAAUGAAGAAAACUUUAAAUCAAAACGCAACUGAUCCAGUAUCAAUACAGACACCAUCUCUCUCGCCAAAAGAAAAUAACUCUUCGCUCGAAACGGUUUUGAAUAAUCCGAUAACACCAUGUCCACUUCGAGCACCAUUAGUGGUUAUUAUUGUUGGUUUGCCAUGCAGAGGUAAAUCAUUAGCUGCCCACAAAAUUGCUCGGCAUCUUUGUUGGAAGGGAGAGUAUGCAAAAGUUUUUCAAGUUGACACUUUUACAACACCAGAAACAUUGACGGAGGUUACGACAUGGUUCCAAAACGGAAAGAAUGUUGCUAUAAUCGAUGGCAUGCACCUGACUAAGCAAUCUCGACAGACGGUUAUUUCGUAUUGUGUGGAAAAAGUCUUCCAUUAUCUAUUAAUCGAAUUUAAUUGCGAUGAAAAUGCGGUUGAAGAUAACAUUCGAGAAACGGCCGAAUUUUAUCAAAACUUUGACAAACAAAUGAACUGGACGUAUGUUUGUCGUGAAAAAGUGAGAAAAUUUACGCCUCUUUUUGAAACAUGUACUCAAAACUUGGAUGGCCCUUUGAUAACCGUACAUAAUUCGGAGAAUGCAGCAGUACAUUCUGUGUCGGCACGUGGUGUGCGUGGACUAUUACAAACAUCGAUAUUGGGCGUUCUAUCGAGUCCAGUAAUUCGAAAUCAAUUGUACUUUUUUAGUCGUCACGGUGAAUCUGAAUACAAUGUGUUCGGGCGAAUUGGCGGUGAUGCGGAUUUAUCUCCACGUGGUAAAUGUUAUGCAGAUUGUUUGACAAAGUAUUUCACAAAGGCAGCUGUUAAACCGAAAAUGAUAUGGACAUCAGAACUAUGUAGAACUAUACAUACAGCCCAGAACGUACCUGGUAUUCAUGCGCCUGUAAAAGACCUCAAUGAAAUAAAUGCUGGUAUUUGCGAAGGAUUGACGUACGAGGAAAUUCAAGAGCGAUUUCCACAGGAGUUUGCAUGGCGUGAUCAAGACAAGCUAAAAUAUCGUUAUCCUCUUGGUGAAUCUUAUUUGGAUCUUCUACAGAGAGUGGACAAUGUCGUUCAAGCGCUAUUAACGCAAACCCGUGUUUUAGUUGUUUCGCAUCAAGCAGUUUUGCGUUGCAUAAUGGCUUACUUCAAAGGAUCUGAUCCAGAAGAAAUACCAUACAUCAAUGUCCCAUUACACACCAUAUUAAAAGUGAAAUCAUAUGGAUAUAAGUUUACAGUAGAGACAGUACCAUUACAAGUAGAAUGUGUCGACACAUAUCGCGAUCAGCCUAAGAAUUGCUCACCCGAUAGAUGCGAUGACGAGGCACUAGAUACCGUUCCUGCCCAUUUCGAUUCUUUAUCUCAACCAAUCAUUUGAACAUGAAACUAUCAACAGAAGUUGAACAUGGAGCAUUUAAUAUGGAACAGUCUGACAACUAUGAACAUUUUAAAAACAUAGUUACAAUUAUUUUUAAGCAUUAUUAUUAUGUAUGUUUCUUUAUUUUUUUAUUUUAUAUAAACGUUUUGUUAAAGGCCUUUGUAGGAAUUAUAAAUAAAUCGUAUUGAAUAUUUCGAAAAU